CACAGAUUCCUGCUCAGCACCGCCCUUCCUGUGCGAGUCUGUAACCCCAAGGCAAACCCCUUCGCCCGUGUGCAUCACUGUGCGGAAGCACUGCCAGCAUGUCGGACAAACUGCCCUACAAAGUCGCUGACAUCAGCCUGGCCGCCUGGGGACGCAAGGCCCUGGACAUCGCGGAGAAUGAAAUGCCGGGUCUGAUGCGCAUGAGGGAGAUGUACUCGGCCUCCAAGCCGCUGAAGGGCGCCCGCAUCGCUGGCUGCCUACACAUGACCGUGGAGACAGCCGUCCUCAUUGAGACCCUCGUAGCCCUGGGUGCUGAGGUGCAGUGGUCCAGCUGCAACAUCUUCUCUACUCAGGACCAUGCAGCGGCUGCCAUUGCCAAGGCUGGCAUUCCUGUGUAUGCCUGGAAGGGUGAAACGGAUGAGGAGUACCUGUGGUGCAUUGAGCAGACGCUGUACUUCAAGGACGGGCCCCUCAACAUGAUUCUGGAUGAUGGAGGUGACCUCACGAACCUCAUUCACACCAAAUACCCACAGCUCCUGUCAGGCAUCCGAGGCAUUUCUGAAGAGACCACAACAGGGGUCCACAACCUGUACAAGAUGAUGGCUAAUGGGAAGUUGAAGGUGCCUGCCAUCAAUGUCAAUGACUCAGUCACUAAGAGCAAGUUUGACAACCUGUAUGGCUGCCGGGAGUCUCUUCUAGAUGGCAUCAAGCGGGCCACAGAUGUGAUGAUUGCAGGCAAGGUGGCUGUGGUAGCAGGCUAUGGCGAUGUGGGCAAAGGUUGUGCCCAGGCCCUGAGGAGUUUCGGGGCCCGUGUCAUCAUCACGGAGAUCGACCCCAUCAAUGCACUGCAGGCUGCCAUGGAGGGCUAUGAAGUGACCACUAUGGAAGAGGCAUGUCAGGAGGGCAACAUAUUUGUCACCACCACGGGCUGUACUGACAUCAUCCUUGGCCGGCACUUUGAGCAAAUGAAAGAUGAUGCCAUUGUGUGCAACAUUGGACACUUUGAUGUAGAGAUUGAUGUCAAGUGGCUGAACGAAAAUGCUGUGGAGAAAGUGAACAUCAAGCCCCAGGUGGAUCGCUACAGGCUGAAAAAUGGGCGCCGUAUCAUCCUGUUGGCUGAGGGCCGGCUGGUCAACCUGGGCUGUGCCAUGGGCCACCCCAGCUUUGUGAUGAGCAACUCAUUCACCAACCAGGUGCUGGCACAGAUAGAGUUGUGGACUCACCCUGACAAAUACCCUGUUGGGGUCCACUUCCUGCCCAAGAAGCUGGAUGAAGCAGUGGCUGAAGCCCACCUGGGUAAGCUGAAUGUGAAGCUGACCAAGCUGACUGAGAAGCAGGCCAAGUACCUAGGCUUGUCCCGUGAAGGCCCUUUCAAGCCUGAUCAUUACCGCUACUGAGAAGUAGUCCUGUUGUUUACCUUAUAACUGCUGGCUUUGCUGGGGUCACACUUCUCUUUCUCAAGAGCAAAUGGCACCAACUUUGGAAUAGGUUUGUUAAUGUCCCCCAUUGACUCCCUGGGGCUGGUCACUCAGUCUUUAACCUCUACUGCAUCCCUCAUACUGCUCCAAGUGUGGCAUGGUGAAUUAAGAAGCCCCUUCUGGAGGCACCUGGGUGGUUCAGUCGGUUAAGCGUGUGACUUCGGCUCAGGUUAUGAUCUCAACUGUUCGUGGGUU